UUACUAAACACAAACACUGAAACACCUAUCAUUAUCAAGCUAGCCCAUGGUUCGCAGAAUGUUUUCGUCUUAUUAUCACUGCAUCCUAACCUUUAUCAUCGUCUUUGCUUUAUUCACAAUUAGUUCGGCCGCUGAUUGUAGCCAGGCCUUCUACAGUGUAGUCAAGACCAGAAAGCUGGGAAGGUGCAAGAAGCUAGCCAGCGGAGCUGAAUUCGGCUGGAACUACACCGACGGCGGCGGCAACGGGACAAGACAGCUCGAAGUUUUAAUCGGAGCCCGCGUGGACGGUGAGACCGGGUGGCUAGCGUGGGGGCUGAACCCCGGCCCGGAGCCGCAAAUGGUGGGCACCAGAGCCAUCAUACUCAUCAAGUCAGCCAAUGGGUCAGCGCCGCUGUGCGAUAAAUAUAAUGUCACGGCCAGUGUUAAGCUGGGCUGCACCCCGCUUCUCCCUUCCGACAUCGACCUAGACGUGACUAAGUUCGAAUGCGGGUCCCUUGUAAAGAUUGGGUAUUACACCAUCCAAGCCUCCAUAGACCUUCCCGUGAUUUACAAUGAUUCGAGGCUGAACCACGUUUGGCAAACCGGGGAUGUGGCGGACGGGGCGGAGCCCAAGAUGCACCACACGAGUCUCAGGAACUUCGACAGUGCCGAGGCUUUUGACUUGAACACUGGCAAGGUAUCCAGCUUUGUCAUGGAGAAACGCCAACAGAUGAGAUUGGCGCAUGGGAUAUUUAACAUUGUUGGUUGGGGAACAUUCUUGCCGGCGGGUGUGAUUGGGGCGAGGUAUUUCAAAGCAUUUCCAUUUGAUGCGAGACACUGGUUCUCCUUUCAUGUGGGGUGUCAGAUAAUUGGAUAUAGUAUGGGCGUGGUGGGGUGGGGCCUUGGACUCUGGCUCGGCCAUGUUUCCCACUAUUACACCUUUCGAACUCACCGAAUCACAGCUAUCUUCAUCUUCACUUUCGCCACCCUACAAAUGCUAGCCUUACGACUGAAGCCAGCUAAGAAGGACGAAUAUCGGAGGCACUGGAACAAGUACCAUCAUUUUCUGGGGUACUCAUUGCUGGUGGUGAUUGCUUAUAAUAUAUUCAAAGGGAUAAGUGUAUUAAGACAACAAGAGAAGGCGUGGAGAUCGGGUUAUGCCGUAGUGAUUGCGGUUUUGGUAUCCAUUUUUGUGGGGUGUGAAGUUUACACAUGGAUAAGGUUCUGUUAUUUAAGGAAGAAGGAUGAUAAGAUUCAUAAAAAUAAUGAAGAAGAGGGUGAUAAGAUUCCUAAAAAUAAUGAAGAACAUCAAUAUGACAAAGGCCUUACUCCUCCUACAAGGGUUGAUUCUUCUACUCACCGCCAAAUUCCAGUUAAUUAAACCUUCACAAUUUGACGUGAUUUCACAAUUUUAUUUUUGUAUAUUUAUUAGUUCUUAUCAUUACUUAAUUAACUGAUGCCUCGUUAGCGAAUAUGAAUUUGCAUGCAGAAUUUUGUUUACGUUUAUUAGCAUUAUCCAUGAUAAAUUGAUGGUUACUCUUAUUUAAUC